UCAGAUUGGACCCGCGAGGCGGAAGCACGUUCCUGGACUUCCGGCGAGCGCAGCCCCGGCAAGAGUGGCAGCAUGGAGGAGGCGCCCCACGGCUGCCCCGGAGCCGACAGCGCCCAGGCGGGCCGAGGAGCCUCGUGCCAGGGAUGCCCCAACCAAAGGCUGUGUGCGUCGGGCGCCGGCGCCGCUCCGGACCCGGCCGUGGAGGAGAUCAAAGAGAAAAUGAAGACAGUGAAACACAGAAUCUUGGUGCUGUCUGGGAAAGGUGGUGUUGGGAAAAGCACGUUCAGCGCCCACCUCGCCUACGGCCUGGCAGAGGAUGGAGACACACAGGUCGCCCUUCUGGACAUCGAUAUCUGUGGGCCAUCGAUUCCCAAGAUCAUGGGCUUAGAAGGAGAGCAGGUUCACCAGAGUGGCUCCGGCUGGUCUCCAGUGUACAUGGAGGACAACCUGGGGGUGAUGUCUGUGGGUUUCCUGCUCAGCAGCCCUGAUGAUGCUGUCAUCUGGAGGGGACCAAAAAAAAAUGGCAUGAUCAAGCAGUUCCUCCGAGAUGUAGACUGGGGAGAUGUUGACUACCUCAUCGUAGACACUCCACCCGGCACAUCCGAUGAACACCUCUCUGUCGUCCAGUAUCUGGCUGCGGCACACAUUGAUGGGGCCGUGAUCCUCACCACCCCUCAGGAGGUGGCCCUCCAGGAUGUCCGGAAAGAGAUCAGCUUCUGCCACAAGGUGAAGCUGCCCAUCAUUGGUGUGGUGGAGAACAUGAGUGGCUUCAUCUGCCCCAAAUGCAAGAAGGAGUCUCAGAUCUUCCCUCCCACAACCGGGGGUGCAGAGGCCAUGUGCCAGGAUCUGAAGAUCCCUCUCCUGGGCAAAGUGCCGCUGGAUCCACUCAUAGGUAAGAGCUGUGACAAAGGCCAGUCUUUUUUCAUUGAAGCCCCAGAUUCACCAGCCACAGCAGCCUACAAAAGUAUAAUUCAAAGGAUCCAAGAGUUUUGUAGUUCUCGUCAGUCACAUAAUGAGAACCUCAUCAGUUCCUGAAGGGGACAGAGCCAAUGCCACCUGCUCCUAGCCACAGAACCUGCAGGCACAGGUCCAGCCACAUCUGGUCAGCGGGGGACAGACAGGAUUUGAAGUCACAUCCAUAGGACCCUUUGAUCACCUGUCUGCCUGUUUCCUCCAGGUCAGAGGUACAGGUGCUCUGCAAAAAUAAAACUCUCCC